AUGGAGGAGAAUCAGAGGGAAAGCAUCGAAGAGAUCGUCGUGGUUUUCGAAAUGAGAAAGAGAACAAGUGUAUGUGAGUGUGUGAGGGAAGCGCGUGGAUUUUCGAUAUUUCUUAUGCAGAUUGGGAAAACAAGAGCUCCCUCUGGAUUAUUGCCAAUUGCCAGAAUUUCUCCGGUUGGUCGUUAA